AUGACCGAUGAGAGGACUACGGAUCCCUUUCUCCCCAUAGCAAACAUUGGGAGCAUAAUGAAGGAGUGUCUUCCAGCCAACACGAAGUUGACUCGCGGCGCCAAAGAGCUUGUUCAAGAAGCUGUGACAGAGCUCAUCUGCUUCGUCGCACUGCAGGCACAGACUUACGCUGUGUCCCAUAGAAGAAAGACAGUCAAUGGAAACGAUAUCAUAACUGCUCUUCACGACCUCGGCUUUGUAAGAUUUCAUGCAAUCUUACACAAAUAUUAUUCAUCUAUGCUGCGAAAGAAUUGA